AUGCCUCGUUGGACUUUCGAGACAAUCCCAGACACCCUAUCCGCGACUGAAAAAGACUCUCUCGCACAACACAUCACCGACAUCUACGUCGAACUCGGCAUUCCCGCCUUCCUUGUCAAUGUCUUCUUCCACGAGAACAGAGUCGGCUGCUUCUAUAGCGGUGGAAGAACACCGCCCAAUGCCAUCUUCUUCGGCAUCGACCAUGCCGCGCGAACUUUUCCGUCCGAGGAAGCGCGGUUGACGUUCAUCGCUCGAAUCAACAGCAUCGUGCGUCCGAUUCUGGCACCAAAGGCGAUCAAGUGGGAGUAUAAUAUCUAUGAACAUCCGAGGGAUAAUUGGAGGGUGAAUGGGAUGGUGCCGCCUGUUGAUGUUGAUGGGAUGCGAGAAUGGUUUGUGAAGAAUGAGCCGGUGGCGUAUGGGCGAUAUCUGGAGGGGGAUGUUGAUCAGAGUGAUGUUUCGCUGCGGAAAUGGGCGCUAUAA